AUGCCUUGCGGCGGCGGUUUUAGAUUGAGGUUGAGAGCUAUACAUACGUGGAUUCGGGACUAUGACAACCUCCAGUGGCUCGCGCUACGGCUGAUCUACGCCCAAAUUGGCUGCGCCUUGGUUGGAUCGCUCGGCCCAAUCUACAACGGUGUUUUGCUCGUCGAUUUGGGGAUUUCGCUGUUCGCGCUCGUCGCCAUUGAGAGCAGCAGCCAGAGCCUCGCUAGGACAUACGCAUUCCUUCUCUUCUGUUCCAUUUGCCUCGACUUUUCAUGGUUCUUCAUUUUCUCUCAUCAUAUCUGGAUUUUUCCAUCUGAAUUUUAUGGAGCUUUUGGGAGCUUUUUGGUCAAGCUGACCUUGGUCAUGCAAAUCAUUGGAUUUUCGGUGAGGCUAUCAUCAUCACUACUAUGGAUUCAGAUGUACAGACUGGGUUCUUCUUACAUAGAUAAUGGUGGUGCUAGAGAUACAGAUGCCUAUUUGAGAAAUAGUUUUAUCAAUCCUGCUACUCCUAUUGUUCGAGUUUCUUCGGGUUGUGAUGAUGCUAUUGGAGGCUCAAUAUACGAUCCUGCAUAUUACUCGUCUCUAUUUGAACCUGGAAGGAAUGACACAUGUCCAUCUGGGGUUAGUCAAAAUCUGGAAUUUUCACUAAUAGAACCGGCCCCUACUGCCGAAACUCAGCAGCUGAGUCCUGACAGAUCUUUACAUGUUACAGAUGAUGAGAAUGUUACGAUAAGCCUCCAGGUCAUCUGA